AUGAAUGGAUUCAUCCAUGAAGGUGGUUUUUGGCUCUAUGUCGUGAACAUUUUCGAGAAGGGUCUAUCAAUGCUCGGCUUCUCCAGGACUUCCCUCUUGAGGUCUCCGAUAUCUGUGCUGGAUGGCGUUGUUGCUAGUCUGGUGACAGCAUCUGCUUUGGUGUUUUAUGCCCGUGGGAUCAGGGCGAUUGUGUGGGAGGUUUUGAGUAUAAGAUUUUGGUAUUGUAUGUAUGCAAUAGCAGCCAUUUGCUUGCAACGAAACAUGUUUAGAAGCAUGGAUCCCUUGGUUUCCCUGCAAGAAGAAUCAAGUGUUCUCAAGGAAAGAGUCCAAGAGCUAUUGUUGAAGAUUGGCAUCAUUAGCAGCAUUGCUCAACCCAGUGGUGAAGCUAAAGAAAGAAGGAUUCCGGCCAAUGGAGAAGGAAUCCAACUGGGUGGAGAGUCAAAGGGCAAUGCUCAUUGGUGUGGCUACCCCGAUCGCAUUGAUGGCGACCAGAUUUAUGCCAUCUCAAGUUAUGUGCAGCAAGUACUUUUUCAGGAGUUCAUCAAGAACAACUGUAUAUGCUUCGCUUUCUCCAUGAGCGUCAUUCUCCUCUUGCUCUGUGGAUUUCUGUUCUACAAGAGAGCGAUCGUUUGGAUAUAUACAAUGCUCAUGUGCCUCACAUUAUUUUUCUGGAGCAUCACCUUCUACAAGGCCAUCAGAUUGGUAGAUUGGAGCUCAGCUGUAGCUCGUACCAGCGUAAGUGGCAUUCGUUUUGAAUUCAGGAAAGAAAUCCUUCCAAAGGCUAGGGUUCCACCUAGGAAGAUAUUCACAAUCAAGGAGUUCGAUGCCUCCAUUGAGUACUACUGGGCUCCUUUUAUUGUGGAGUCAAUUUCGGAUCAUGCAACGAAGCAUACUGUACUAAAACGGUUGGUGAAGCUCGACUCCAUAGCUAAGCAUGGCAAGCACUGGGAAGGAGUAGAUAUUUUGGUGUUUGAGAGCUAUGUAUGGUGGAUGCACAAGCCUACAAUCAAUGCUACAUAUGGAUCUCCAAACGAUGUCCAAGAAUAUAAUGUCACUACUGCGUAUAAAUUGGCAUUACUGACUUGGGCAGAAUGGUUAGAAUCAAGAAUAAACCCAGAAAGGCAAAAGGUCUUCUUCAUAAGUAUGUCUCCAACACAUCUAUGGAGCUGGGAAUGGAGGCCUGACAGUGAUGAAAACUGCUACAAUGAGUCCCAUCCAAUUCAAGGUUCAUAUUGGGGUACUGGUUCGAACACCAAAAUCAUGGAUAUUAUAGAUUACACGUUACAGGAUUUGAAAGUUAAGGUUACAUUUUUGAAUAUCACACAAUUGUCUGAGUACAGAAAAGAUGCACACACAUCAGUUUAUGGGGAACGCAAGGGCAAGCUCCUGACAAAGGAACAAAAAUCUGAUCCAAAAAACUUCGCAGAUUGCAUUCACUGGUGCUUACCUGAAGUUCCAGAUACAUGGAACGAAAUUUUGUACGCACAUUUGUUAAAGAGUCAUCAAAAUUUUUUGUAACUUGAAGUUAGCAGUUGAGUCUUUGCUAAACUACAUUGAUGCAAGAAAGAAGAAGAACAAGGAGUGAGACAUCCAAUAUCACCUGUAUUAACUCAUAUGUUCCUCUUUAUCACAUAUCUUGGAACCAAUACUAACCCAUCUAACACUAUUUAGUCGGCUUGAUCACUCUUUUCACUGAUUUUCUAAACUUGCGCUGUUCUUCCCCUUGUAUAUCUCUUUAUCAUGUGUUCUACUUUGAUAGUCCUUGAUUCUGUUGAAUCGGUUUCCAAUGGUGAACACCAGCCACCCUAUUUAACUCAUUUCUCUCCCUUGAAAACAGAACACCACCACCACUCAUUACCAUCUCUCAACCUCCCCCAAAUCUUUGAGGAAAUGAUGAAAUUUGAGUGAGGAAUGAGGAUGAACAAAUGAUAGAAGAGUGAGGGAUGAAGAGGUGGUGGUGUGUUCAAAGAUGAGAGUGAGGAAGA